AUGGACAGCUCUCCCGCCUCGCCUUUGGCCCCCAGGGAUCCCAGCUCCCCUGAAUCUUCGAUCGGCGAACAAAUCGCCACUCUAUGUUGAACUUCGCUCCAUCUCACUUCUAGGACAAUAUGCGCUCACUGAAGUAGAGGUGCCUCGCCUUUUGGUGCAGUGGUAUAUUGUUCCUUCAUAGGUUAUGAGCCCAGAGCAACCAGCAGGUCAUGAGUUCAAUCCCCCCUGGGGUCAGGCAAUUUUGCGCGCAUACACUCAGCGUCCCGGCCCCCGCACUUGCCCAGCAGCGUGCCAAGCACCCUGGCGCAUCGACAGUGCUCACAGUGCCCAAGCUGCACUUGCCCAAGCGACCUGAUCAACAUGCCCAGUUGCCUCACAGCCGCACCCACUGCCACAAGCUCUUCAGCUUCGCGCACAGGGGGGUGUUGAACUUCGCUCCAUCUCACUUCUAGGACAAUAUGCGCUCACUGAAGUAGAGGUGCCUCGCCUUUUGGUGCAGUGGUAUAUUGUUCCUUCAUACUCUACAGGCCCAGCUUGCCGCUCUGCAGGCCUCGCAACCCGCCGCCGCCGCAGCCGCCGCACCCCCGGCCGUCACCGUCGUGCCGGGGAACGCCGCCACCGCAUCCAAGGUCGUGUUUCCCAAGCACGCUCGUCUGGACGGCCCCAAGUCGUUCACCAACUGGUUGCGUCAACUCCGUCUUGCACUCCCGAACCAGGUUCGUGGUUACGUUCUCGACGGUGUCGUUCCCCCGACCUGGACCGCCGACCAGCUUGCCGCACGUGACGACGCCGCCCGGGAAAUCAUCGUUGGCUCUAUCGACUCCGCCGACGUAUCGGCCACCCUCGACGCCAUCCCCAGCGACGACCUGUCGGCACCGCGCAUCUUUGCCGCUCUCAAGGCUCGUUUUGCACCGGACGACGCUACACGCACUCUCGAGUUGUUCGCUCGCCUUUGGGACUUCAGGAAGAUGCCUGCCUCCGUCGAGGCCUACGACACUUGGCUACGCGAGUACAUGUCGAUUGCUCAGGAAAUACGCGACGCCAAAACAUCGCUCAACGACGUGCUCGCCACCCACGUGCUCGCCAUGGUCCCGUCUUGCCUCGACAGCUUCCGACUCACGUUCACGGACGAGCAGCGAAACCGACGCGACCUUCCCGAACUCACGACGCUUACGGACCGCAUUCGCAUCCAGCUUCGUUCGGCAGGACUCUCGACCUCGCAUUCGGCCAUGCUUGCCACCAGCUCCCCCUGCCCCGCCUGCCGCGCUCCCGGUCACCGCCUGCGCGACUGCACUUCACGUGCGAAGCACCCGCCCACCGGCCCCUGCCGCCGAUGCCACAAGAAAGGUCACUGGGCACUCGACUGCAAGAACCGGGGUGAACAGGCACGUAGCAGCGACGACACCCAGGACGACACGUCUUCCUCCGCGGCCUCGCAACCGAACGUCGGCUAUUUCGCCUCCUGCCUCUUCGCUCGUCGCCAACUCCCAACUGACGCCUUUGUAGUCGAUUCGGGUGCCACGACACACAUGGUCGCCGACCGAUCUCUAUUCACGACUUAUCGUCAGACGGCACACACCAAGAUCGGCGGCAUCGCGGGCGGCAUCACGGCUAUCGGCAUGGGGGACGUGGCAUUCGUCGCCAAGACUGGACACCCGAUCACGCUCCGUGGUGUUCUUCACACGCCUGGCCUACACGUCAACCUCCUCUCUGUCUCUCGCCUCUGCGACACCGACCGCGUUCGUCUCGCCUUCACCAGCGACGGCAUCGACAUCGCCAAGGACGGCCGGGCCAUUGCUCACGGUACCAGGGUCAACGACGGUCUUUACCUUUUGGACGCGGAUCACACCAAGUGUCAGCAUCUUGCCUUCCUCUCACGCUCUGAGUCUCCCGUGCCCCUGCUUACCCUACACCGCUGCCUCGGCCAUCUUGCCCCAUCCUCUAUACAGAAGAUGAUUGCUGCAGGUUUGCUGGACGGGUUUGGGGCCGGGUACAGUGACAAAGACGUAGAGGAGUUUGUUUGCAAUGCUUGCCUUGGUUCCAAAGGUCACCGCCUUCCCUUUCCCGACUCUGAGUCGCAUUCCGCCGAGAGACUUGGCCUCGUGCACAGCGACGUCCUGUCGUUCCCCACUCCGUCCUUGACCGGGAAGCGCUACCUUGUCACGUUUCUAGACGACCACUCUCGCAAACUCUGGGCAUAUGCGAUCGAUCACAAAAGCGAUGUUUUCCCGACCUUCCAGACUUGGCUCGCCGAAGUGGAGUUAGAGACGAACGCGCGGUUGAGGAUCCUUCGAACCGACAAUGGCGGGGAGUACCGAUCAAACGCAUUCACGGAGUUCUGCAAAUCCAAGGGCAUUCGUCGUCAAUACUCUAUCCCUUACACGCCUCAACAAAACGGUCGCGCCGAACGUGUCAACCUCUCCAUCGUCGAGGGCGUCCUCGCUCUCCUUGCGGACGCCCGUCUGCCGGCCACCUUUUGGGAUGAAGCGGCUGCGUAUUUCGUUUAUUGCAAAAACAGGUGCUCACACUCAGCUUUGGCCAAACAGACUCCAGAAUCCGUUUGGAACGGCCAACGCACCACCGCCACCGCCCUCCACCCGUUCGGCUGCACAGCCUGGCUCACGGUCGCCCCGGACCUUCGCAGCAAGCUCGACCCCAAGGCCGCGCGCGUGAUCUUCACAGGUUACGACCUCGCCUCCAAAGCUUUCCGUUUCUUUGACCAUUCCAUCAACAAGAUUGUACUUGGUCGCAAUGCCACCUUCCUCGACGACGACUUCCCCGGCCUGCCAGUCACCACGCCCGUCGAUGCAGACGACACCGACCGUCAGUUCGUCGUUCCCGCCGACACGCCCGCCCCUGCCGUCAAGACGAGGACCCCACUAGUAAGGUCGGCGCACAUGGACGUCUCAUCCUCCCUUGAUGAUUCUGCCAUGAGCGCCGUUGACGUGGCCCCAGGGUACACUGGCGGAACCUUACUUAAUUCCACAGAUACCGAAUCGUCCUCGUCACCGUCUCCUGAGCCGUCCUCGUCACCGUCGCCCACAAACCCUUUGUCACCGUCGCCUGCGCUGUCACCGUCGUUGGCAGCGUCAUCGUCACCCUCGGUCUCACCGACCGACUCUGACUACUCCGCCGACCCUCUGGACCUCAUCGGCUCACAGACCCCGACUCGCCUUGGCCCACCGGACGUGCACCGCCCAGACUUCAGCACGUACCGUGAGCCCGCAUCGGCUGAGGAGUCGCCCGACGAACUCGACAUCAUUGGGCGUCACUCGCGCGAUGAAUCGCCGGAUGAAAUCGAUUUCCUCACCCAACACCACCGCGCCUUCAUCGCCACAGACGACGACGACCCCACCCUCGACGCCAUCGAGCCCGUCAAAUCGAUCACUAGCGACCCCCAGACCUGGCGCGAAGCAAUGUCCAGCGACGAGCACAACAUCUGGGCUGAGGCCGCCGCCGCCGAGUUCACCGCCAUGCGCGACGACUUCAAGGUGUUCACCAUCGAGCCUCGCUCAUCUGUACCGCCGGGCGCCACCAUCGUCACCUCCAAAUUCGUCUGGAAGACCAAGCGCAACGCAAGCGGUGAAGUCACGGGGCGGAAGGCACGUCUUGUAGCGCAGGGUAACCGACAGCGCGACGGCAUCGACUUCUCAGAAACCUUCGCACCCGUCGCCCGUUUCUCCUCCAUUCGCUGCCUCCUGGCUCUUGCCGCUGCCAAUGGCUACCACGUUCAUCAGGCCGACAUCGACAAGGCUUACCUCCACGGCGAGCUCGAUCAUGAUAUCUGGAUGACGACACCACGCGGUUUCGACUUCCCGAGCGAUAAGGUUCUCCGGCUGCGACGCUCAAUCUACGGUCUCAAGCAGGCCGGUCGCAUCUGGAAUCGUCACAUUGACACAUCACUCAGGAAUCUGGGGUACAAGGCAACAGGCACUGAUCACUGCAUUUACUCUCGCAUUGACGAUCAGCAGCGGCCUCACUAUAUCGCCUUGUAUGUCGACGACCUCCUCAUUGUCAGUCCAGCCCUCGACGAGAUCGAACGUGUCAUCUCCGGCCUUGAACAGCGGUACGGCGUCAAACGACUCGGCCCCGCGGAGUACAUCCUCGGAAUCCAAAUACGCCGCCUGGACGACGGUUCCAUUGCUCUAUCCCAGGAGCGCUACAUCAUGGACGUGCUGGCCCGUUUCCACUUCGACACCACGACACGCGGCACUACGGUGCCGAUGACGCCCGGCCUCUCGCUCACGGCAAUUCCGGGUCAGGGAACGGAGCGCAUUCGUUCGUGGUACCUACAGGCCAUCGGCUCCCUCCUCUACAUCUCCCUUGGCACUCGACCCGACAUUGCCUUCGCCGUCUCGUACCUGUCCCGGUUCGCCAACAACCCCGGCCGCCGCCAUUGGAUUGCCGUCAAACACGUCCUUCGCUACCUUCGCGCCACGUACCGCGAUGAGCUUCUCUAUGCCCGCGGCCCAGCAAAAGUCACGGGUGUGGUUGGUUAUUCUGAUGCGAACUGGGGCGCCUGCGUCGACACAUCCAUUUCAACGAUGGGCUACGUAUUUUACUUGGCAGGCGCCGCUGUCUCUUGGUCGUCGAAGCGUCAGACUCGGGUAGCGGAUUCCACCACUGAUGCCGAGUACCUGGCCUUGUCGCACGCGGGUAAGGAAGCGAUCUACCUUAACCAACUCCUCUCCGAGCUCCACGUUUGCCCAAUCGCUGCAGCUCACAUCUUCACCGACAACGAGGCCGCGGCCGCCGUUGCUCACGACCCCGUUCGCACCUCCGGCACCCGGCACAUUCGCCUCCGCGAGCAUUUUGUCCGUGACAUGGUCAAUCGAGGUGAUAUCUCUCUCUCACACGUUGGCACAGCAGACAUGGUUGCGGACGUAUUCACCAAAGCGCUAGGCCCCAAGAUUUUUGGUACACAUUGCUAUGCUCUAGGCCUCCGGACGCGACAUCCACGGCUCAAGUCUACCUCGCGUUCGCGUGGGGGGGGGUGUGAGGAAUCCACUCUCCGCUCGGCUCAGGACUUAGGCGCGCGGAGCGAACCGGGCGCGGACUUAGGCGCGCGGAGUGAGCCGGGCGCCCCGGCCCAGGACUUAGGCGCGCGAAGCGAGCCUGGGACUUAG